ACUCGUAGUCGCUUCAAUGACUUGUCGUCACACAUACCUUCAUCAAUCACCACUGCUUCAGAUUCCACAGUUUCAGACUACAUACAUACAGACCUUCGAUACUUCAGAGUUUAGGCUACAGACGGCUUCAGGCGACUUCAGCUUUCAGAAAAAUCUUUUAUCCAAAAUUUUAGGGUAUAUAUAGUUACGUAUUCGCUUCCCUCAGUCCAUUCAGACAUAAAUCUACAAAUAUUAUAAACCAGAUUUACCCAAAAUAUAUUCAAUAUGUCGCACGCUGAAGCCGCUUUAAAGCUGAAAGAAAAACUGAAUGGUGUUGACAUUGCAAUGUUAACCACACAAACUAUAGACGGACAUAUGGCAUCACGGCCCAUGUGGACGUCCAAAGUAGACGACGAUGGAGUGCUGUGGUUCUUCACAAGCGAUAGCUCCGGUAAGAUCAAGGAUAUCCAACGAGAUUCGCACGUUAACUUGGCCUACAGCAACCCCGGAAGCAACUUGUUUGUAAGCGUUUCAGGACGUAUCGAGCUGGUCGAAGAGAGAGCAAAGAUGGAGGAACUGUGGAGCCCUUCAAUGAAAGCCUGGUUCAGCGAUGGGUUGGAUACACCAGAUAUUGGUCUAUUGAAAGUAACGGCUGAUUUCGCAGAGUAUUGGGACACAACGUCGUCAACGAUGAUACACUUAUACGGUGUGAUGAAGGCGACACUCACGGGCGAGGACGCCCGCGGAAUCACUAACAACGAGAAGAUGGAGAUUCGUGGUUUAUAAAUAAAUAUGCGUGAAAUGCUACAAACUACCGCGAGGAAGAGAUCGCGCAUCGGCGUGAGAGUUAGAAACCAAUUCAAAUAAAACAUCACCUUGUCUAAUUAUAAUUACACGAGUUCAAGCGAUUUAUGUGUACAACAGUUCUCAAAAUCACUUGUACGAAAUACGAAUUCAGAUUGUUCGCUGCGGUACUAUAUGAUAAACCGCGCACACGGGUAUUUCAAAUCGAUGUCCGCAUAGCACCUUUUUGAAUGGAUAAUUGAAAUGGUUACCCCAUUCAAACAGGAAUAACACCAUAACGUGUAGUAAGUUGAUGACUAUCAGCAAACAUAGCAAUCAUGUCCUUGAUCCAGAGAAGACUGUUUCGUGACAUCCCAGGUGUCGACUUUGUUCAGGCUUAUGUACUUUUGCAGUUUCUGCAGAUAUGCUUGGUGCAAUCAUCUCAAAUGAUAAUGUAGCACACUACGGUAAAAAAAUGUUCCACACGCAGCUCGAAAUCAUGAGAAACUGCCCACAAUCAACUCUGGACCUAUUUUAGGUGUUGUAAACUAGCACUAAACUAAAUUGAAAGCUUAAUCUCAACUUAGGCAUACUCCUUUUGCAUUGCUUGUUUCCAGUCGGAACAUAAGCAACCGCACUGCCUAUCGAGAUCAUUCCACUCACUGUGGUCCAGAACACAGCGCUCCAGCCCAAACAACCAGACCAGAAUUUAAAAGUAAACCCAUACCGUACAUGCCUGUUGCAUACCGACAUGAGCUUUCAAUACGGGUUGAUUAUUUAUCUGUACAAUACUUGACUCUUAUCAGCUACGCUCGAGCACUGGAUGCUGACGGGAUAGUACUGGAUCCCAGUUUGCUUUUCCAGUCGUGGUCGUAUUCGUUCGAUGAAGCUCUAAGACGCUCCACACAAGGCUCGAUAAACUUCGAGCCCUGGGUGCUGUUAAUGUGACGUUCACAGAUCAUAUCGGAAAGGCCAUAAAGCUCCCUAUAAUCAGAACAGCACAAUAAAAAAACAAUAAAAAAAUAGUUUGCAGGUGA